AUGGAUACCUGUAUAGUGGAUGAAGCCUCCUCUCCAUCUUCUUCAUCCUGCUCCUCAAAUGAUGAGAUGUACGAUGUGUUCUUGAGCUUUAGCGGCGUAGACACACGCAAGACCUUCACAGACCACCUCUACUGGACAUUAAAAGACGCCAGAGUCCACGUCUUUAUUGCUGAGAAUAAACUAAGAGGUGCAGAACUGAGGCAAGCAAUUGAACAGUCCAGAAUCGCUGUCAUCAUCUUUUCAAGGGGGUAUGCAUUUUCCAAAGGGUGUCUUGAGGAGCUGGAGAAGAUCAUGGAGUGUAGAACAACACUGGGGCAGAUGGUUUUGCCAAUUUUCUACCAUGUUGAUCCUAAAGACGUUGGGAAACAAACUGUUAAUUUUCCAGUGCGCUACCAUGGAGUUAAAGAUUGGGAAGAAAUGAUGCAGUCUCGGAGAAAGUCUCUAAUUGAAGCUGCAAAUUUGUCCGGCCUUGUUUAUACGAAGAGUGAUGGAUUACCACAUGUGGUGGAAAACGUCUCAAAGUACCCCCCCAACGUAUAA